AGCUGGGGCAUGGCCGUCAAUGUGUACUCGACGUCGGUGACCAGCGAGAACCUGAGCCGCCACGACAUGCUCGCCUGGGUCAACGACUCCCUCCAGCUCAACUACACCAAGAUCGAGCAGCUCUGCUCAGGGGCUGCCUACUGCCAGUUCAUGGACAUGCUGUUCCCCGGCUGCGUCCACCUGCGGAAGGUGAAGUUCCAGGCCAAGCUGGAGCACGAGUACAUCCACAACUUCAAGGUGCUGCAGGCCGCCUUCAAGAAGAUGGGAGUGGACAAAAUCAUCGCGGUGGAGAGGCUGGUGAAGGGCAAGUUCCAGGACAACUUCGAGUUCAUCCAGUGGUUUAAGAAGUUCUUCGACGCCAACUACGACGGGAAGGAGUACAACCCGCUGCUGGCGCGGCAGGGCCAGGACGUCGCGCCCCCCCCAAACCCAGGUGAUCACAUCUUCAACAAACCCAAGAAACCCAUUGGCACUGCAGUCCCCCAGAGGACCUCUCCCACCGGCCCCAAGAACACGCCGAACCCGGCCCGCCUCAGCAACGUCCCCAGCAGCAUCCUCCGGAAAAACUCCCCCGCGGCCCGCAACGGGGGCACCGAGGCCGAUGCGCAGAUCCUGGAGCUGAACCAGCAGCUGAUGGACCUGAAGCUGACGGUGGACGGGCUGGAGAAGGAGCGGGAUUUCUACUUCAGCAAACUGCGGGACAUCGAGCUGAUCUGCCAGGAGCACGAGAACGAGAACAGCCCCAUCAUCACCGGCAUCGUCAGCGUCCUCUACGCCACGGAGGAGGGCUUCGCCCCGCCGGAGGAUGACGAGCUGGAGGAGCAGCAGCCAGAGGACCAGGAUGAGUACUAGCCCCGGCACGCUCCCGCGCCCCGCGCCGCCCCGCGCCGUUCCCCCACCAUAGACAUUCGAGGUCUGAGCCUGUGCGCCUCGCCCUGCACUGUCACACGCCAUCACGGUCUCCGGCAGCCGAGCCCACGGCCUCGGCGUCCAGCAGCUCCGGUGGGAAGCCACUGUCUCCAUAAUAAAUAGAUGUCCAUCC